AAGAAUGAGGGAGAUAGGACAGUGAUUGCGCUGGGCAACAAAGAUGGCCGCCAUCGAGGUCUUGGCACGUUUAGUAGGCGAGAACGUCAUCUUACAGACAACUCUUGUCCUUUUGGUUGUGUUUCUUGCGACUUCUUGGAUCUUUAGCAACACAAGGAAACUUCCUCCAGGCCCCAGAGGAUGGCCGGUCGUCGGAAACUUCUUCUCCCUUGCCAACGGACAUCGCCACCUGGUGUUGACUGAUUGGUCCAAGACGUACGGACCCGUCUAUCGGGUAAAUCUGGCAGGGAAACUGAUGGUGGUGCUCUCCGGAUAUGACAUCAUUCACGAGGCCCUGGUCAAGACGGCCGACAACUUCUCCAGCCGACCAGAUAACGCUAUAUUCAAGAUCAUCAACCCACAAAGGCUGGGUAUCGCCACGGCUCCUUUCGGCACUCCGUGGAAGGAACACCGGAAGUUCACACUGAUGUCUCUCCGGGAGUUCGGCUUUGGGAAGAGGAGCAUGGAGGGGAAGAUCCUGGAGGAAUCACUCGCUUUUCAAGCAGAACUCAUGAAGAUGGGGAACCAACCGUUCGACAUUUCUCGCAUGAUCCAGAAUGCCGUCACCAACGUUAUAUGCUCCAUUGUGUUCGGAUACAGGUUUGAAUACAACGACGACAAGUUCAUACACUUGAUGGACACCUUUGACCGAGGAUUUUCCUUCAACUUUUUUACUCAACUCGCCGUCUUUUUCCCCAUCUUACGACAUGUCCCAGGACUGGGUCGAGGUCCGAAACUUAUCAAAGAGGUUCUGGGCACCUUUAGAUCCUUUAUCAAAGAGGAACUGGAGUCCCAUAAGAAGACAUUUGACCCCAAUGACAUCCGGGACCUUAGUGACUCAUACAUCAAGGAAAACAAAUCUCGCGAGAACGACGACGAGACCACGUUCACUGACGAGUACACAGAGUGUGUGCUUUUUGACAUGUUUGUCGCCGGCACGGAAACAACCUCCACUACUAUGUACUGGGCGUUUCUGUACAUCGUUCUAAAUCCAGACAUCCAACGUAAGGUUCAAGAGGAGAUCCACACCGUGUUUGGACACGACAAGCCACCGUCCACCGCCUACCGUGCCCAGAUGCCGUACACUGAGGCCGUGCUGACCGAGGUGGGUCGUACCGCUACCAUCGCGCCAACUAGCGUCUACCGCGCCACAACACGUGACACCCGUUUCCAUGGAUACCACAUUCCAGAAGGAGCGACGGUGGCGGCCAAUCUUUGGUCAGUCCACUACGACCCAGAACAUUUCCCGAACCCCGGAAAGUUCGACCCCGGCCGCUUCUUGGACGCUCAGGGACAGUAUCGAAGGGACGACCACGUCAUCCCUUUCGGUCUCGGCCCGCGCAUGUGCCUGGGAAAACAACUGGCGGAGAUGGAGCUCUUCCUCCUCAUCACGUCCCUGCUGCAGCACUUCACCUUCAAACUGCCAGAGGGCGCUGAUAGACCGUCCACCAUAGGAUUCAACGGCGCCUCCCAUGCGGCCAAGAAGUUCAAGCUCGUUGCUGAGCCAUUGGCUUAGGACAACGCUUGACACCACGGCCAAAUGCAUCCUUAUCGAAAGAUUUGUAAUACUUAAAGUAUGAUCUUGGUCAGGCUGAGGACUUCUGGGGAUGUCUUAAAAAUGCUACUUAGUGUUAUCCAUGGCUCUUUGAUUUUUCUCUCUAUAGUUCGCACCUGAUUACAUGACAAAAUCUUAUUCAUAUUUCUAUGGCGUCAUGAUUAUCCAGAGCUACGCCUCUUUAUACCAAAGUAGUUCUCCAUCCCUAAAAAUCCAAUGUACAAUGUUAAUAUUUUGGUCAAAGAUGCAAAUACUAAUUUGGCAGUUUUUGUAGAUAUCAUCAGCAAUUGAUUUCUGGUCAAUUUUUUUCUAGAUUUUUAAGGGUACUUUCUGCAGUGGGCGCUCCCUGUUUUUUGCAGUAUGUGAAUGUAUUUGCCUGCCGUAGUUCCUAAGUUUAGUUGGUAUCCCAUGCAACAGUAUUUUUGUUCUGCAGUAAUACUAUAUACAGACUAAGUCAAGUUUGGGAUGCAGUAAUGACGCAACCCACUUGUAUUGUAACCAGGGAACCAUCGAGAAAGUAGUUCGCUCCGACGUUCAUCAUAUACUAUAUACAGUCGCUUCUGGAUCUAACAUUUAGUAUACACUAUAUAACUGUUAUAUCGCUUCUCUGCUGUUUCUUCUGGGCACCCAGGCUACUUGUAUUGGUCUUAAAAUUACCAAAAUGAUAAUUCUAAGACCAGGUUUGUAUUCAGCAUGUACCAUUGUAUACCAUUUUUCCUUGUAUCUUCAAGAAUAGGGAUAUAAUAUGGUGGUCUUGUAUAUUAACUACCAGAUUUUAUUACCCCUGGUACUCAAUCAAUAAGGAUUGUUCAUCAUUUCUGAACUAGAAUUGCAAUUCAUGACGAUAUUUCAAUUCAGCAUGUUUCGUAUACCAACCUUUUUCCAUUGUAUCUUGUAAGACUGCAGAGUAUUGUAAUCUUGCAUAGUUAAUUAGAUGAUUUUAUCGAUUUUACCUUACAAAUUAAGACGCAAUAUUUAUGCCUUUGAUUUGCCAUAAAUCUCUAACGGUAUGUCCGAUUUCGAUGACAUAAAAACAAUUGUAUUUCUUUCACUAUGACAUUUCUAAUAAUAUAAACAGCUAUGACAAGUUCGAAA